UCAGAUAUAACAGUACAGUGCAAUCACAAUCAUUAUUUUUGUAGUGCAGUUUAAAGUUUGAAUUGAAAGUUUCAUUGAAAUUUCAAAGCGCAGUAUGGAUCAAAGUGCUGAUCUCAAUAAAAGUUGUAAAAACGAUGUAGAUUGAUCGAAUGAAGUGUUCAUUUAUUGAAUAUAAAAUGUCAAACACCGCAAUGAAACCUGUUCCUAUGAAACUUUUUGCAGCCUGGGAAGUGGAUAGGACCCCUUCUAAUUGUAUUCCCAGGUUGUGCUCUUUGACUGUUACAAGACUCACACUUCUAACUCCACUUCCCGCUGAUGUAACAAGCGUGUCUUUGGCUGUAAAAAUGCAAAGUUCAAAACGCAUUUUGCGAUCACAUGAGAUAUCCUUAGGUGCUGUAGCUUUACAGCCAGCACAAUCGUACAAUCCAUCACAACAAAGCUCUGGUGUUUCAAUCAAUGUUCAAAAUUCAAUAAUGGCAAAUCAACAAUGUAGUGUAAAUGCAACUGGAGGUAAUCAAAAUUACCAGCAACAAUUGUUGUCAACACUUCAACCUUCUUUGCAAUCUUCAAAUUUAGCUGGACAAUCUACUUUAUUAGAAGCAGAACUUGAUUUACAUUUUAGUUUGCAGUAUCCUCAUUUCAUAAAACGAGAUGGAAACAGAUUACAGAUUCUUCUUCAACGGCGUAAAAAAUACAAGUCACGUACUAUUCUGGGGUACAAAACAUUGUGUGAAGGCUCAGUACGUAUGGAUCAGGUUUUACAACGAUCUCGCGAUAUGCAGAUUGAUUUAGGAGGUGAUGGAAAAAGUGCCCGAAAAUGUGGACCACUCGCACGGCUUACUGCAUACCAGGUAUCAUCAAUACCAGUGGAUCACGACAAACAAAACAGUUGUGCUAUGUCAGCUGAUCGAGGAGUGGCUGAAUACUCAGAUGAUGAUGAGGAAGCUGAAUUCAGUUCGGCAGAAGAUAAUGAUGAGCAGCUAUAUGAUGCUAAUGUCAGUCGUACUAGUGUUAGCCAAACUCGUAAAGGUUUGGCUUACAGAAAAUUACAACAUGGUGCGCACACUGGUGAUGAUGCAGCUAUGGGAGCGCAUGCUGUUGAUAGUGAUAGCGAGUUUGAGCACUCAAGAAAGGGUGCAAAGUUGCCAAGUAGCCGGCAACGUAACCUCAAACAAAAAUUUGUGGCACUGUUACGACGUUUUCGUGUACCAGAGGAACUAGAGGCUGGUGUAGCAGGGAGAGAAGAGGGAGCUCUAGAGGGUGCACAUGAAAUUGAUGCAUUAUUUCAAGAGUUAGAAUCCUUGUCUUGCGGAGAAGCCGAUGACUCUGCUCCUGAAUUGGAUACAAUGUCAAUUGGUUCAACACCAAAACCUUCUCUCAGGCCAUUCUUUUCCAGCUCUCGAAGUUUGCUUUACGAUGCAACCAAUCUUGGAUAGUUCAAUAUGUUUCAACUGAAAUAGUUUUUAUUGCAUUUGCAUGCAACAAUUGAAUUAUUUUAUAAUGGAAGUGUUCAUACUGACUUCAAAUAUGAGGCCAUUGGACUUGUAUAAAUGAGGUAUAAAAUUCGAGCAGAGAGAUCCUAAAUAAAAACAUUGAAAAAAAAAAGAAUGUCACAGUUUUAUUCCUCUGAUCAAAUGAGUAUGGAAAAAUGUGAAUGGAAGAUUUCAUACUAGAAUAACGAAUAGCAAACAAAAAGCAUAAUCUUUCUAUGUACAUUUAAUUGUUAAAAUGUAUAUGAUGCAACCCCAAGUAAAUACUGAGGAUAACCAGAACCAACGGAGAUGAGUUCUAUAUAAGUAAAACAGAUAUUAGUAAAUAUGAACGAGCUGGCACAGAUUUAAGUAUAUACAAUUACAGUGCUAUUCGAUUGUGUCAUUCAUUUGCUAUUGGAUUGUGUCAGAUUCAUGUAGUUAUAUUGUGAAACUCAUAUAAUUAUUGGCACAUAUUAUAUUUGAUGUUAGUUUAGUGACAUUUUUAUGUGUAAUGUUUUAAAAAGCAAUUUACCAAAAGUGUUUGUUAAUAUUUUUUAACUAAUGUUUUCUGAAUUGGUGACGCACAAACAAUGUGGUCACAUAAGCCUUAAUUACUUAAUAUCCGUUAUUACUGUUGUUGGAACCAUAAUGAUUCCUCUAACAGUCAGCAAUUUUUUUAAACUUUUUUAAUAGGUAAACCAUUUUUUUUCUUGAUAAUUUCUCAAAUGAAAAUUGUUUAAAGAAGUUCUUACAAUUGAUUUAAUAACAUUUAUAUAAUAUUUGUUCAGUGCCACAAAUUAUAAAUGGAGAUUUUCAUUAUGGGAGAUCUGCUAAAUAAUGAAAUGCCCGUGAAUUUUUAUAAAAUACAUCAACAGAAGA